CCUUAAUGGACCAUAAACAAUAAAAUGGCGUCCGGUUUUUUGUGUGUGCGAUAAAAUUAUUGUUUUCAUGAAAUCUUAAGAUAUAUCUAAGUUUCGGCUAUGUAGUGAUAUUUAUUAAUAUUUAAAUAUAAAUAUGAUUAGUCUUAGCGUGUCUAAUAAACUUAAUCACUCAUUGUUUGUGGAAAAUAAUGUGCGUGUCAGUUCUGCUCAUAGCGUCGUUGUCCUAUGCCGCCUUUUAUAUUGAGUUGAUUAGACUAAUUUACGAAGAUUUCUUCGUGUAGACUGGUGUCCGUCAGUCAAUAAAAGCAUCGUUAAAUAUGAAUUUACAUAGAUAGUACGUUUUUAUCGGCAUUGUGAUCGAUGAGUGCGUUGUGCGUUUGUAGUUGUGAAAGCGUACAUACAUGAUCGUAAUGUUAAAACUGUCAUGAGGAGUCUUGUUUACUAUCAAAUAGGAAAUUUGUGUUAGUGAAUUAGUUUUAUCAAUUGUAAUGAAUUAUAUUUGUUGUUAAAAAUGUGUAUGCCUACUCCAAACAAUGUUUCGGGCUUCGGUUACUCGUGGGGCUUCACGAGUUCCGCGGACCUUACGAAGGGCGAAGUGGAAACGCCGAGUAGUUUGAGCUAUACCCUAGGAAAUACGGUGUCUCCAGAGACAACCCUAACUGUUAUGUCCCAUAAGACACCGCAAGUCCAAGAGAAAGUUGGUGCGGUCACCGUUGCAGUGUCAAAUUCAGGGGCUCAGUUGACGAGGGUAGUUACUACAGGCACACCUGUCACAGGGAGACGGGCAAUGUUUGUAGUCAAUGAUGCCACAACGCACACUAUUAACAGAGUGUCACAACAGAAUCAGACAGCAACUAUACAUACUAACCUCGCUGCUAAGCCGUUUAUGACACCAAUAGGACCCAUACAACUAACUGCAGAAGAAUGCAACGAAAUUCUCAUGAAGAGAGCUCUACAAGCACAAGGCAUUGCAACUCCUGUGAUAGAUGCUUCUCAACUUAAUCAUACAAUUCUGAAUGGAGGUCUGAAGAGUCUAGCAGAGGCUACGGUACAACAAACACAAGCGGAAACAAUUCAGACUACCACAGUACAUCAACAUCAUUUGUUGCAUACCAAACAGGAGCCAGGAACAGCCAAUAACUCGCCGAAAACGGUAUAUUCUCAGACGGAGCUUCUGAACACCAACUCCGUGAUGACGACGGCGCCCCCUGCCGCCGUCAAGGAGAGACCCUAUGGGUGUGACGAGUGCGGGAAGUCAUUUCUUCUGAAACAUCAUCUUACCACACAUGCCAGAGUUCAUACAGGUGAAAGGCCACAUGUAUGCGCUCACUGCGGCAAAGCGUUUGCGAGGAAGCAUUGCCUGAACACACACUUACUGCUACAUUCUGCGCAGAGGCCGUAUAGGUGUGAUGAGUGUAAGAUGGCGUUUACAUUGAAACAUCAUCUCGUUACGCAUUCUAGGGUGCACAGUAGAGAUCGUCCGUUUGUAUGCAACGAGUGCGGGCGCGGGUUCCCGUUGAAGCGCCACCUGGUGACACACAGCAAGUACCAUGCUGGGGAGCGGCCCUACGUCUGCAGUGAUUGCGGAGAGAGCUUCGCGCAAAAGGAGCACCUAGUAAUGCACAGUCGUUUCCACGGGUCGCUGUCUCCGUACGUGUGUCCUGACUGCGGCGUGACGUUCGCGCGCAAGUUCCAGCUCGUCAACCACGGCCGCGUCCACGGCAGGGUCCCGCACUCCUGUCCCGUCUGCGGGAAGGAGUUCUUGCAGAAACGGACCCUAGUCGCCCACAUGAAAAUCCACACAGGGGAGGGCGCAGUAGCAUGUUUAGAAUGUGGCGAAGCCUUUAAAUGCAAAUCAGAAUUGCAACAACAUUGCAAGAUGACGCGACACUGUCUGCCGACGCAACAACAGCAACAACAACAACAGCAGCAGCAACAGCAGCAACAAGCCCAGCAACAAGCGCAGCAACAGGCGCAGCAACAGGCUCAGCAACAAGCACAACAACAAGCCCAGCAACAGGCGCAGCAACAAGCCCAGCAACAAGCGCAACAACAGCAACAGCAGCAACAACAACAGCAACAGCAAACAACUGUGAUAAAACAAGAUGAUUUUAAACCGCAAAUUGUACAGGUCAUAGGUGCUGAUGGUCAAAUAGUGUCGGAAAAGACUAGUCCGGGUUAUGCGUGUCCAGAGUGUGGAUCCUGUUUCAACACAAAGGAGGCGCUGUCCCUGCACGUGCGCCUGCACGCGGGCGACCGCACGUGCGUCACGGACCUGUGCGCGCUCACCGCGGCCCUGCAGCCCGGCCUCGUCGCCGCGCACCAACAACACAGUUUUAUUAUUCCCGACCAGCCCAACAUACAGAUAAUCUCGUCGAACGCGAACAACGUUGGACAUACACAAGUCAUAGCCUCGAAUCAUCAAAUAACUGCUCCUCGACCGAAAGUCCACUUCUGUGGCGACUGCGCGAAAGGAUUCGCAGCUAAACACGGUUUAAUAGCGCAUCAAAGGAGACACCCGGACGGUAGCUGUACGCUCCGUACACACGUGUGCGACCAGUGCGGGAAGGCAUUCUUCCAGAAGAAUCAUCUCAUGCUACAUCAACGGCAACAUAUGGACCUGCCGCCUAGAGCUAGUCAAGGCCAAAAUGUAUCCCAACAACAAACUACACAACAACAAGUGCAACAGGCAACGCAACAACAAGUACAGCAACAGGUGCAGCAACAGGUGCAGCAACAGGUGCAACAACAGGUGCAACAACAUCAAGUGCAACAUCAGACACAUCAAACGUUGGAAUUGGAGCAGGAUCAUCAGCAGGCCACGCAUAUACAAGUGGUGACGAAUAGAUCUGGCCAGGUAAUUGGCAAUCAGAUUGUGGUGGGAGGACUGAGUGGAGGGAGGCGUCUCGUGACUCCGCUACAUAUCGUGAGCAGAGACGUCAAGCCCAACCUGUCACAUCUACACAAACACCAUGCACGGCAACAUACCACCAGUGGUGAUGCAAAAGAAGUCGGUGGUCUAGUCCUGUCAGCAGGUCGGACAGGCCUCAUAAAGUACGAGAUCUCCCUCCCUCCCCCAACGUCAGUAGUACAAGUGCAACAACUAGACUGAGUGAAGCGAGACCCAGACGAACCUAUGGUCGUUUGGAUGAAAAAGUGACAGUGACAUGUGAAAGUGACAGUGACAUUAGUGCAGUGAUGUGAUCCUAGUAUGCUUGUACGAGAUUUGAGUAGAAAAGCAAUAAGUAGAUUUGAGGUAAUAUUUGUGAUAGCAUUGUUGUUCUGUGUUGCAAAGUUUGGUAGUUUCUUUCUCUUUAUUGUUGAGGGGUUGUUUCAGUUUCAUAUAGAUAGGUAUAAAGUAGGACAUUCAAGCUAAUAUAUAACACUCUAGCACAAGGCAGGUUUAAGUCAAUGAUAAAAAGCCUGGCUAUUUGUCCUCACCAUUUUUACAAAUGUAUGAAAUUCUCAACCUUCCUUUUUGGGAAUAAAGUUAAAAAUCUAUCAAAGAUGUCUUAUCUAAUAUCAUGCUUCAUGCAUUCGAUUCACUCUUCACACAAGGUGAUUCCAUUGUUGAAAUAAUAGCAAUUAAAUUAUUAGCUUGCAUUUAAUAAAACACUGCCAUAUAAGCAAUAUAAAGAAAUAUUGUUGAAACAAUGGAAUCAUAAUCUUACAAACUGGGCAUUAGAGUUGAGUUAAGUAGACAUUAAUUGUGUCAAUAUAAAGUGCUACUUUAUUACUGGACCUUAUACAUAAAGGGAGUUCUGUACUCUUAGUACGAUUUUGCUUUGCGUUUAAUGUAAUCGAAACGAGAGCGCAUUCGGCGCUCUGAUUGGCCGAAUAAACCAACCAAUCAAAGUUGCGAACGGGCUCUCGUUUCGAUAGCUAAGCUAAAACUUUUUCCUUUCUUUUAGAACACAAUUUUGAUUAUAACAGUAAGUUAUUGAUUUAUUUUAUAAAUUUUAAAACAUCUACUGUCAAUGUGCCUAAUAACUACUAGUUAUUGCAUUUUCUAAUUGUAUUUCAUGAAAAUAAUUAUGCUCCCAUAAUUUUAACUGCAAUAAUUGAGUUUAGUGUACUCUGUAGUAUUGCUUUAUAAUGAACAUAACUGAUUCAAUGUCUAUUUAUCUCAAUUUAAAACUAGUUAUAGUAAAGUUACUGCUCUGGAUCUUGAUAAAUGUUAAAUUUUCUAAAAUACAUAAUUUUGUGAAUACCUAAGUACCUACUAUGCUUUGACAAAAUAACUAUAUUUAUGAGAAGAAUAUAAAUACUGAAUUAUAAUCAGUACAAUAUGAUGGCAGUUAGUUUUGUGUUAAAUUUUAUAUUAUACCUUUGUUGAUUAUGUUUUGGGUCAGUUGUUAAUAUUUCAAUUUAUAAGUCAGUGUGUUGGGACCUUGGGGCAGUCAAAAUAGUCAGGGUUCCUGUCAAGUAACGAAUGCCUCUUGAGUCUUCAAAUUCACAAUUGAAACUUUAACUACUUACUACAAAGUGCACUUUAAUUUUUGUAUGUAUGUAUGCCUUUCUCCUUUCAGGUAGGAAAAUUCCAAACAAUAAGGUGUAAUUUUAAAAUAGUUAACCAACAAACUAAAAGCUUAUGUUGUACUUCACAUAGUUCUGUUGUAACAUUAUUAACUAACUACUGACCUAAACUACAUUUUUAAUUGUUUAACUACUGAUUUCUAUGUCGUCUUUAGCAAAUGAAAGAUAGGACAAUUUUUAUAAGUACCAGAAUUCUCGUGCAAGCUUACUAAUGUAUAAAAAUGGUACAUUUUGUAUAAAGGUAUGACUGAAAGCUAUUUUAGUGUAAAUACUGUGUACGUGCAAUGCAGUUGGGUUAGGAAAAUUUAAUCAUCUCAGUUACAAAGACAUUUGGUGCCGAGGAUAGUUAUAUUUCUGCUCUGUCAUGUGUGUUUUAUAGUCUAUUUUUAUUAUUUCUGUAAUUGCAAUUGUUUAGAGUUGUUUUAGUUGCUUUGGAACAUAAAGGUCAAUGGGCAAAUUGUAUGGGAAAAAAACCCACGGCGGACAGAAAUGAAAUUAUCAGGAUAUAUUAAUAAAAUGGGUCUAGUUUAUCAUGGUAAGGGUCGCUUUCUUGUGGGAUGUGGGAGUAUGGAGAAAAAUAAAUUUAUACAUAAUUAUUUAUUCGGCGUGAUCAAUAUCCUUAACAUAAUUUGCAUAGAGCUGAAAAUUGGCAUAGGCGUUAAGUACAUCAUUAUAAACAAAAUGUCAAAAAUCCCCAUCUAUCCCAUUUUAGGCAAAAAAAAUAUUCAAGGUCAAAAGGUCAAAAUUAUGUUUUUUUCUAUUUUUCUCGAAAACGGUAAGUUUUAUCGUACAAAUAUGUUCGACGGAGUUGUAGAUCAUACAAUUUUCGACAAAAAUGGUUCAUCACUUUUACUCUUACGACUUUUCAUUCGUGAGAUAUCACGCUUUUAAUCAAAUAAAUCACAGUUUACUACAAUACUCGCUACUCCCGCGCGAUUUUACCUGCUGCGCGGCUCCUGUUGAUUAUAGUCAAUAAAUAAACACAAACAUAUAACACAAUAAUAAUAAUUCGAUUCAGGUCAAAAGUUCUUGAGAUUAGCGUGUUCAAACAAACUCUUCAACUUUAAAUAUUAGUACUACUCCCGCAUAGUUUCAGCUGCUACUCGACUCAUAUUGAUUGUAGCGAGAUGUUUUAUAGCGUAUUAUAACUCGUAUAUAUCUCGAUAAAUAGACAAUUCAACACAAAAAUAAUAAUUUGAUAUGAACGGAGUAGUUCUAGAGAUUAGUGCGUCCAAACAAACUAUUCAGCUUAAAAUAAUAGUGAGACUCCUACUACCUACCUACCUACUAAAAACCUUCCUCGAUAAGUGAACUAUCUAAAAAAUAAAAAUCAAUUCGCAGUAGUAGUUGUUCUGGAGAUUAGCGCGUUAGGAGAUUCAAACUAACUCUUUAGUUUUUUUUGUAACUUUCGUGAGACAUACUAAAUUAAUUAUUAUGUUAUCGGGUUACUCACGUAAUUGUUUGACGAGGAACUCCACUAGUUUAAAGCAGCGCUACAGUACAUACAGCGCUACCAGUAGCAGCGCGACAAUCGCCGCGUCGUGUAUCGAGGAAUGCUAAAAAACAAAACUACAAGAGCAAAUUGAAUUACUCCUUUUGUGUUUGAUAGUCCAUUUAUUGAGGAAGAUUAUAAUUUAUGAAACAUUACUUUACGCUUAAUAGUAGGCGAGCAUCGAUGGAAACUGCGCAGAAGUAUUUAGUACAAAUAUUUUAAGCUGAAGAAUUUGUUAGAACACGCUAAUCUCUUUUAUUAAUUAGUCCAUCAAUCGACUUAUGCUUAUCCUAUAAAACAUAAUGCUACGUACAAUUAAUAGGAGCCGAACAGAAGGUAAAACCGCGCGAGUAUUAUUUAAAAUGUGAUUUAUUUAAUUAAAACCGCGAUAUCUCACGAAUGGAAAGUCGUAAAAGUAAAAGAGAUGAACUAUUUUUGUAGAAAAUUGUAUGAUCUACCACUCUGUUGAACAUUUUCGUACGAUAAAACUUACCGUUUUCGAGAAAAAUGGAAAAAACCGUAACUUUGACCUUUUGAUCUUGAAUAUUUCUUUUAGUAAAAGUCAAAUCGAUGGAGAUUUUUGACAUUUUGUUUAUAAUCAAGUAAUUAACAUCUAUUCCAAUUUUCAGCUCUAUUAAGCGAUUUGGGAAUUAUGUCAAGGUUACGACUUAAUUUCGUCUAUUUUUGGCUCUAACUUUUUUUUCCCAUGGAUUUAAAAAAAAACAACUAUACCUAAUGUUAAGUAAAUUUAUACUCUUUCAUUUGAUAUCAUUUUCAUUCGUGUCCGCGACCGGGUCGGAUUCCGCCCAAUGACCUUACAAUAUUAUUUCCAUCAAUGGUAUCGCCCAUUGAGUAUAUUACCAAACAAGGGGUGUACUUCCAGACUACAUUGUUGAUAAUAUCUAUAUUACUAAAAGUUUUGAAAAUAGUAAAGCCCCAUUGAUAAUAUUUUGUGAUAAUUAAUAAUAGUUAUAGCUUAAUAUAUUGUUCAAAAAUUAAUUACAGAAGUAUUUAAUGUUUGUUUCAAAGUAAUUCUAAUUACUCUAUGUAGUUAUAAUUGCAGAAAUUGGGGCCUUUCUAUUAAAGAUCGAUUAACUAGUAAUGUAAAAAUAGUUUGUAUAUAAAACUCUAUAAACACACAUGACAAAGCUCAAAUGCUCCUUAGUCAACUUUAUAUAUAUAACUAAAAAAAACUAAGCCUAAAUUAAAAAAGAAUGUAAUUAUAAUGCCAAUAGAUUGGAAAGCUUUAUUUAAUGUUUAGAUGUCUGCCUUACAAUAGAGCCUUAAUUUUAUCGUUCUUUGUAAUAGAUAUUAUAGCGACGAAAAACUACUUAAUUUCGAUGGCAAUAAAAAAGAAACUGAUUCAUUUGUGUAUAAUUAGUUAUAAGUGAAUGUUCUAAAAUUUAGGACAUUGGCGUGUUAAGAGACGAGGUAAUAGGAACCUGUUUUUGUAUAAUACAUAGUUGUAAGGGCAACUUACUAUAGUUAGUAAUCUCCUGUACAUAUCAAGUUUAUACAACACUGAAUGGCGUUUUGUAAUAAAAUGUACAAUCUCUAUGUAGGUAUGCAUUUAAGUUUUUGGUCAAAUGUUGUUCCGUAUUUAUCGAACAUGUUACUGGCCGUUUAAGAUAUAGAUAGUUCAUGGAGAAUUUAUUUUUCUUGCAUUCGAAUCAUCGAAUCUGUUGUUGUUUGAAAGUUACGCACAUUUAGCUUAGGUGUUAACGAAGUUUUAGUAAUAACUAGUUUACUAGUAAUUUUAAUUUUAGUCAUUUAGUUAAAUAUUCUCUUUACAUUAUGUCCUCAACAGCCACUGGCAUUUCCGAUGUAUACGAACAACUUUUUAAUUAUUAUUUAGGCGUCCUGUCAAUAGGCUUCUUGUAAGUACAUAUGAAUAAUCAUUUUAUUUCCUUUGUUUGUAGUUAUGGCAGUAAGGAAGGCGUGUUAUGUGCAAUCAAAAUUCAACAUAUUAUAGAUCUGAGGUUUUAUUGGGUAUUGUCGAAAACUCUUUUGAUGUGACUUGGCUGAAUAAGUUGUUACCUGUACCUCUACCAUGAGUUUACUACAAUAGUUUUUGUUGAUACUCGAUAGCGAAGGCGUCAAUUUUUUUGUAUAUCAAUUUUUAGUUCCACAGGUGACCGGUAGAGACGUUGUAAAUUUUGCCAUACAAAAAAUUUACAUCGUCGCUAGCGACUAUCGACAAAAAUACUAUUGCUUCGAACUCAUGGUAAAGGUUCUUGUCAUAAUAAUUACAGAUGUAAUAGACUAUUUAAAAAUGGUUAUUAAUUUAUUUGUUCAAGUUACAUCAUUAUUGUUGAUUGAUGAAUAAAUAUGGAUGUAGCAAUGUUGUUUAAGGUUUCCACUGUAUUUAAUAUGUCACUGAAUAUUGGGAAGUAGUCAUAUAAUAACGGAAAGUACCUAAAUAUAAAUGGGUAAUGGAUUUUACUUAAUAUUGUUUUAAGUACAUUUUUAAUAUAAAGUAUUUUUUGUUUAUUUUUUAAACUUAUGUCCAAAAAAGUACUUAAUUAUUUGCUCUGGCAUAGACAAUUUUUUAAAGAUAGAUGUGGUGCGAAGUCUUCCAUUACAGUGAUACCAUAGACAACAUUGCGCCCCAAACAGAGUGACACUCGUCUAUUAUUUUUGGUAUCUAUUCUAGUCUGUGAUAAGGGAAUGUUUAUUACUUCUGUCCGUAACAUGUCCAUGGGAAAAUAGAGAUAUAAAUAUAUUUUAUAAUUAAACCGUAAAAUACAUAGGAUUUUACAUCUACCGCAGUUAUAUUAUUUACUUAUAUCUAAACUAUCACAUCUCAGUGAAAUCUUUAUAUAAAUAUAAUUCUUAUUACUUCAGAGUUAGAGUGCUUUUCGUAUAUCAAAGGCUAUUUAGUACAGUAAAAAUAUUGGCCUUCUGAAGAAGCAAUAUUAAUUAUAAAUAUUUUAUUAUAACUUUGGAUAGCAAUUUUAACUAUAACUCACACAAAUAGUAAAAACAAUAGCGAAAUAAAUGUUUUCACCUCAGAUUUAUUAUAAUAAGCGAUAAUUUGGUUUUAUUUGAGAAUUUGUAAAUUGAAAUAAAACAUGAAGCUGUAACCGAUAGCCAAGUAAACAAAGGCUGAAAACAGCCGAAGAUAAUCUCGACGGCCACUUUUUAGUGAAAACAUUACUAUAAAACACACGUAGUACAAAGUUACUUGUUUUACUACGUGAAAAGACUUAUUUAGUGCACAUUUUUAUAUAUUGAAAUAUUUCAUAGCGCCAAAUAAUAUUCCAACCUGGUGGUUGUGGCGUAGCGUGCCUUAGCGAGGCACCGUACAAAAAAUUGUUUGGGGAUCCUUAUUUUAGGGGGUAAAAAUCAUCCAAUUACUUCGCCCAUCCUUGGGUGAGACGAGGUGUCACACUCUUACUGACGUUUGGGAAGUUUUUAUUUUUUGCCUAAGCACGUUAGGGGGCAGAAUGGCAGAUACGGCGCUAGCUACGCUCCUGUCAACUAUUCAGUGUGUUUCAACCAGUCUUAAUCUUCCAAUUUUACAUGACUUCCAUAUAAAAUAAUACAAUUAGGGAAUAAUUUCUUCCAAAAUAACGUUUUUAUAAACAAAUUCCGACAUAUUACGGACAGAAAUGAGUGGCGUGGUCAGCUUAUUUUAUCUACGCAGUAUUAUGUAUAAAAAAGAUCAUUAAAAUAAAAUUGUGGUCACCCAGAGAUACUACUUCCAUAUUUUAUUAUGUUUCUCUUUUAAUAUAUGAAAUAAAUCUUGACAAGUUGUUUGCCAUUAACUUUCAUGUAAAUAUUAUAGUGGAUAUCUAUAAUUUUUAUAUUAAAUGAGAAUAUACAUACCGCAA